GUGCUCAAGCCCAUCUCGGGAGCUGCAUCCCUGGGCGUCAAGAAGGUGAGCUCCGAAGAGGACCUGCGGUCGAGCUACGUGGAAGUUAUCACGGAGCUGUCGAAACUUGUGGUGUCAAGCGGAGCUCUGACCCAGGAUGAUGGGACUGGCAAGGGCGUGAAAGCUGAGAAUGCCAUGGACUGCACCAUCCUCAUGGAGCAGUAUCUGGACGGGAAGGAGGUGGACGUGGAUGUGGUGAUGAGCCAAGGGGAGUGGCGCUACGCUGCAGUCACGGACAACGGCCCCACACUGGAGCCAUACUUCAAUGAAACCUACGCCGUUUGUCCAUCGCUCCUCCCGUCAAGUCAGCAGAAAGAGCUCAAGGAUCUUGCCAUCUCCACUCUGAAAUGCCUGGGCUUCUCAGAUGGCGUUUUUCAUGUGGAGUGCAAGUACACUUCACAUGGCCCUCACCUGAUCGAGGUGAAUGCUCGCAUGGGCGGUGGUCAGGUGCACGAGACCAACCUUAGGGUUUGGGGCGUUGACCUUGUGGAAGAGACGCUUUUUGCUGCUGCUGGGGUUCCAUGCCGUCCCUUCAUCCUAGCCACUUUGCUGGUUCUGACUUCCCGAAUCUGCUUUUGGUAG